AUGCCACCAGUUUUAUUUUCAAGUUUAUAUUUUGCUUGGUUUUUUGAACCAUAUGUUGGGGGAUAUAAAAAUGUUACAGAACAAUAUUCAUCAAUUUUACAUUCAAUCCACAAUAUGUCUUUAGCUUUUUUCUUUCCAAUUUGCUACAUUUGCUUUGCAAUUGUUUUAUUUAUAAAGAAAAGAAUGUAUGGGGCAUCAGCUCCAAAUCAAGUUUCGAAUGUUGAUUUAGUGAUAAUUCUUCAAAUAUUUUUAAUUAGUGUAAUUAAUUUUACUGCGGCAAGUUUAUACGAUUAUAUGCAAUAUGCAGAGGUUAAUGAAGCAAUUAUAAUUACAGCAACAUUUAGCUGGUUUCAUGUCCAUGGUUUUCCACCAAUUAUCUAUUUACUUUUAAACAAAACAAUUCGAAAUGACAGCAAAAAACUUUUUUAUAAAAUAUUUAAAAAAGACAAAGUUACUCACAUUCAUGGUGUUACUGUUCUCGCUAAAAAUAAUACUAAAAAAAUAAUUCAAGAAUGUUAA